AGAAGAAGAAGAAGAAGAAGAAGAAGAGAAGGAGGAAGAAGAAGAGGAGGAGGAAGACGAAGAGGAGAAGGAGGAGGAGGAAGACGAAGAGGAGGAGGAGGAGGAGGAAGAAGAAAUAUUCACGAGCACCCGACUUACCAACCGCGGGGUGCAAGCGACUGCUGGAACGGACGCGGCCUGGCCGGGCUGCUGCGUGGAGCCGCCGAGCGCAGGCGGCGGGCGCCGGGCGGCGCGGCAACGCGUCGCUCGGCGCGGGGCCUGCGCGGGCGGCGGCGUGCCUGUGGCCGCGGCGCGAGCGCUGCGCGCGCUCGGGCCGCGCCUCGAGCUGGAGCUGGCGGUGGACGGCGCGCACGCCGCCGCCUCCUACUUCAAGCACGCGGCGCCGCUCUUCGCGGCGCGCUACGAGUUCGCGCACGGCCCGCUGUGCGGCCCGGCGCUGCUGCCGGCCGCCGCCGACGGCGAGCUGGCCUUCCCGCACCUGGAGGCCCUCGGCCUGGUCGAGGCGCCGCGCGCGCUGCGCUGCCUCUGGGAGAUCCGGGUGUCGCCGCAGCGCGACCUGUGGCUGCACUUCGACAAGCUGCGCUUCGCGUCGCGCGUGUGCGAGGAAGGAAGGCUGGAGGUGCGGCUGCCGUCGCGCGCCGCGCCGCUCGUCGCCGUGUGCGGCGCCAACGUCAGCGCCCUGCGCGAGCUGCCCGUGCUCUCCGCGGCAGACCUGGGCCCCGACCCCGCCGUGCUCGUGCACUUCACCGCCUCCGUGACGCCGGCGCGCGCGGCCUUCAAAGUGGUGUGGACGGAGCUGUUCCACCUGCCGCGCAACCCCGACGGCUCGCUGGCCACGUCGCGCCUCACGGAGGGCGGCGGCGGCGGCGGCGGCGACGGCUGCGACUUCCUCUGCCCCGGCGACGCGGGCCUCUGCAUCCCGGCGCGCCUCGUCUGCAACGGCGUCGUCAACUGCCCCAACAGCACCAGCUCGGAGGGCGGCGCGGGCGCGUCGGGCGGCGGCGCGGGCGGCGUGGGCGGCGCGGGCGCCGACGAGCGGAGGCGCAUCUGCGCGACGCCCGAGCAGCCGUCGGCCGACCCGCAGCGACGAUGGCCGCUGGUGGCCGGCGCGUGGGCGCUGCUGGCCGUCGCCUGCCUGGUGCUUGCUGUGCCGCUGCUGCGGCGCUGGUGCCGCAAGCGGCCGCCGCCGCCGCCGCCGGACCCGCGCAUGCGCAUGCCUUA